UUCGCUUCUAGUGAGACGUUUUGUUCCGAAAUUGAGGAAAAUAAGAGAUGAAUAUUAAUUAACUCAGUGUCACUAGUGGAUACAUAUUGUAAUAAUGUUUAUAACCGCUUGGCUAUGUGCGAAACCAAAGAGCAAAUUUGUUUUGGUACUCUGCGAGAGUAUGGUGAGUGGACACAAGGUGAAUCUCAUACGAGAGAGACUUGCAGAGAAAAUGGAAUUCAUGCAAUUCGAUCCAUAUGCCCAAGUGAUGGCGUACUACAAAGAACGAAAGAAAAUUCGUAGUAUAAAAGAUUGGAGAGGAGAGAACGCAUACACAAAAGGCUACAACGAUAAAGAGGUAGGCGAACCAAUCCGAAAGAUGCAGUAAAUAACUUGAAAUGUACUGAACAUAAAAUAAAUAUCAAUUAUCGUUACACAAAA